GCGCCAUAUAUUCGAUGCCAUAUACACGUUAGCGUUCAUUCAAAUCGAACGAACGGUUGGAUUAGUUUGGUUGGUGUGUUGUUCUUAAAUCAUUGUGUUUUGUUUAAACAUUGGUUCAGUUGUAAAAGUGCAGCUCAGUGAAACAGUUGAUUUUAUUUUGUUUUCCUCAAAAUCAAACAUUCAUUCACUCUUUGUCACAAUCCAGUCGCAUCCCGAAUCGAAUACGAAUUUAAAAAAAAGACAGAGAAACAAUUUUAUUUUGAAAUCAUUUUGACUGUGAUAAAGUGGCGAUAGACCUUAUGUCCACAGAUCGGUCAAUUUACGCUGUUUGUGCAAUUUUUCUGUGGCCAAAUGCCAAAAAAAAUAUUUUUCAUUAAAAAUGAAUGAUUGCGGUUAGUGAAAAUUACACCGAAAACAAGCGAAACGUUUUAUUUUUUCUUUCAUAAAAUAAUUUCAGUUUCAAUUUUUUUUUUGUCAGUGGAAAAAUAUUCUUUCAAAAUGUGACUAAAUCAAUUUCCAAAGUUUUGAUCAAGAUUUUCAGAUAGACGUGGCGAGAUUGUUCACCAUCAUUUUUGUUCGCCUCGUGUGCUGUGGGACUUUUAAAUUUCAUUUAAUACGUUUGAUGUUAAUUUGAUUUUAUUUUUGAUUUGAUAAAAAAAAAAUAAGCAAGAACAAUGGAUCAAUUAGUUUUUGAAAUUUUUCAUUCGAGUCCAUUUAUAAAUUACGCGAUCGAUUACCAAAGCCAAAAGCACAUUUAAAACUGCUUUUGGCUUUUUGUUUCAUUUUACUCGUAAAUUGAACGCAAUUGAAACACAUUCAUUGUUUCACAACAUUCAAAUAAACAACACAUUUAAGCAUCGUUUCACAACAAUUUCCAACCAACCCCGAAGGAAACAAUCUUCACAACAAUAAAUUAUUCAAAAACUGCACGAUGCUUCACACGGCGAUUGAAUUGACAUCGUAAAUUUUCUGCAUUCAAUGCAAAUUGCGAUUGUUGAACGCAUUGAUCAUUUAUUCAAUCAAUUUUAUUUGAAGUAAAUUUAAAGUGAGAAAAACGAAGAAAAAAAUAGCCAAAUUUCAAAUGAACGACAUGACGAAUGAGGAGGGAAAUCGUAAUAUUGAAAAAGACGGUAGCGGUGCAAAUACGAAUUUGUCUGAUAUGCGUCGAACCAUUUCAAAUGCAUCUGGAACACUUUCGAAUCAUCAACAGCAGCAGCAGCAGCAACAACAACAGCAACAACAGCAACCGAAUGGUAGUGUUGGUGACGGUCUUAGCGAUGAGAACAAUAGCGGUGCCGAAGGGAGUGCUUCAGAUGAUUGUGGUGAUAAAAUGGCCAAAGAAAGUGAUCCAUUGCAACCAAAAAUGGUGAAAUCGAGAUCAUCGCAUAAAGUUAAAGAGCGUUUAACGGUUGUGUCAAUCAUACCAGAUCGGGAACGUGAAACCUGGGGUCAAAAGGCUGAAUUCUUAUUGGCCGUUAUUGGAUUUGCAGUUGAUUUGGGAAACGUUUGGCGUUUCCCUUACAUUUGUUAUCAAAACGGCGGCGGUGCAUUUUUAAUACCUUAUUGUAUUAUGUUGGUUCUUGGUGGUUUGCCAUUGUUUUACAUGGAAUUGGCUCUGGGACAAUUUCAUCGAUGUGGCUGUUUAACCAUUUGGAAGAAAAUAUGCCCCGCAUUAAAAGGCGUUGGUUAUGCAAUCUGUUUGAUCGAUGUAUACAUGGGUAUGUAUUACAAUACGAUAAUUGGAUGGGCUGUUUACUAUCUGUACGCAUCAUUUACCUAUGAGCUGCCGUGGACGUCAUGCAACAACGAAUGGAAUACGGCAUCUUGUAAACCAGUAUCACAACAAGCCAAUCUAACAAAUGCAACAAGUCCUGCCAGAGAAUUUUUCGAGCGAAGCGUUUUGGAACAGCAUAAAUCGAAUGGUUUGGAUUACAUGGGACCGAUAAAACCGUCGUUGGCAAUUUGUGUAUUUAGCGUGUUUGUGCUCGUCUAUUUUUCACUAUGGAAAGGUGUACGAAGCGCUGGAAAAGUAGUUUGGGUUACAGCAUUAGCGCCAUACGUUGUACUCAUUUUUCUAUUGAUUCGUGGCGUUACGUUGCCAGGUGCCGCCGAAGGGAUUCGAUAUUAUCUUACACCACAAUGGCAUAAACUAAAAAAUUCCAAGGUGUGGAUUGAUGCCGCAUCACAAAUAUUCUUUUCAUUAGGACCAGGAUUUGGUACACUACUCGCACUUGCCAGCUACAAUAAAUUCAACAAUAAUUGCUAUCGAGACGCAUUACUUACCAGUAGUAUAAAUUGUUUAACAAGCUUUUUAGCUGGUUUUGUAAUAUUCUCUGUGCUUGGUUACAUGGCGCAUAUUCAGGAUAAAACGGUCGAUAAGGUGGGUCUGGAAGGGCCGGGUUUAGUAUUUAUCGUGUAUCCAGAGGCAAUAGCAAUGAUGAGCGGUUCGGUGUUUUGGUCCAUAAUAUUUUUCCUCAUGUUAAUUACACUUGGAAUAGACAGUACAUUUGGCGGCCUUGAAGCAAUGAUAACAGCCUUAUGCGAUGAAUAUCCACGAAUGCUUGGACGCCGCCGUGAAAUAUUCGUGCUAGUAUUGUUGAUUGGUAUUUAUCUAUGUGCUUUACCAACGACAACUUAUGGUGGUGUUUAUUUGGUCAAUUUUCUAAAUGUGUAUGGUCCUGGUUUGGCAAUACUGUUCGUUGUAUUUGUCGAGGCGGCCGGUGUUUUUUGGUUUUAUGGCGUUGAUAAUUUUUCCACCGAUGUUGAAUCGAUGCUUGGCCAAAGACCCGGACUAUAUUGGCGUGUAUGCUGGAUGUACAUCAGUCCAACAUUUUUGCUUGUGAUUUUCAUUUUUUCAUUGCUUGGAUAUGAAGAAAUGCUGGGCGAAGAAUACGAAUAUCCCGAUUGGAGUAUAGCACUUGGUUGGACACUUACGUUGUCUUCAAUACUUUGCAUUCCAUUGUAUAUUGUGUACAAAAUCCUCAUCACUCCAGGAACUAUACAAUACCGUUUCACAAACUCAUUUAGACCGGAAGAGGCCCAACCGACUGCAAUUCCCGGGCAAAUUUUAUGCGGUGGAACUGCGGUGUGACAUUACAAUCGUGUAAUGAAACAUCCUCCCAACACAGAGUCCGACACAAAUUGCAAAUUGAAUAAAACACUGAGCCAAAAUUCACCAACAACAUCGACUACCAUCAAUGCCAAUGUAGACCAUAGUCUUUAUGAUAAGCAACAAAUAACCACGAAAUUAAAUCAUGUGAGAAUCAGUCUCGAUUAUCCAUUAUGUAGUAGUUUGUUAAAUGAUCAUUUAUUCCAUGCAGAUUUUUAUAGUGGUUUAGGUCCAUACACCAUAAAUACCGAAUGGUUAGUCUAAUUCUUGCCAUUUUGUCGUUUUUUCUUCUUUUUCUUCUUCAUUUUUGUUUCGUGUGUAGGUGUAUAAGUUGUUGUAAGCACAUAGAAAGAAACAAACAAAAAAAUUAUGAUAUCAAUAUUAGUUUAAUUUCUAGCAUUAACUGUGUAAUAAAUAUUUCAUCGUGGCGCAGUAGUGAUUGAUUUAGUUUUGGCAUAAAAACAAUGCAACAAUUCGAUUAUUAAGUUGAUGAAAAUUGAAACCAAAAACAUUUAGAAUUAAAUUAGAUUUUAAAUCUGGCUUUGACAUAUGCUAUAUUUACAUAAUGUUCAGUUCAACAAAUGAACAACUGUGAAUUGGUUAGGUUAUAUUUUCUUUCUGGCACAACGAAUGAUGUUCUAAGUGAGCCCCGAUAUUGGGGCUCCUCGAAAAACGUACAUAUUCAAUAAUUAAGAACGAGCCACCUAUUUGGAAUGUUUCUUGUUUUUUUUUUUUUAAUUUCAUGUUGUUGUCUUUAUCUUCGUGAAAUAUUGAGAAGUUAAAACAAUCCCAUAUUUUUAACAUUAUCAUAUAUUAUACUCGAUGCUAGUCGUAUUUUCUUCUGCUUCUCAAACAUUAUAAUUAUAAAUAUUGUAUGAAUUAAAGACAGUCUGUGGACAUUUAUAGUCAGAUUGAGACAUUUUGCAAAAGAGAGUCGGUGACAAAUUACAAUAAAAAAAACUACAUAAUUUUGAGUAUAUAUCGAAAAAACGCCAGCCAUAUUUUUUCGAUAUGAACACAACAUCUUUCAGCUCUUCUAUUUUGUCCAUGUGUAAGCAAUUCAUGUUUUUUUUUUCUAAAUUGUUAAUCGUUUUAUACCUGACAAAAGAAUAUAUACAUAAAUUUAUUAUAAAUAAGCUAAUAUAUGGAGAGAGGGACAUUUAUUGGGCAAUAAGCUUUGAAUUUUGCCAAUUAUUUGGUAUAAAUAAAUGUUUUACUAAACUGAUAAAAUAGUAACUAUAAACAUGUUGAAUAAACCAAGCAUAGAACGGAUUCGAUGGAAUUUGACAAAAUAUUUUCCAAAACAAAAAUUCUAUUGAAUUAAAUUUGAAUAUGUUCUAAAUUGAAUGUUCCAACACCUCGACUAAUUUUAUGAACCUUUUUUUUCCUCCAAAGUCUAUAAACAACGAAUCACGCAUAUAGUUACAUGUUGAGUUUCAUUUUUUUUAUCUACUAAAUCGAUCGUUUAUUUUCCGUUUUUUAUUAAUAUUUUAAACGUGAUUUUAAUUACUUUUUCGCACAUUUAUUAUGACACAAAAAUAUUUGUUUGAUCGCUAUAUGUAGUUGAGCUAAUUUAAAAACAAAAAUGUGCUGAUUGUUGUAAAAUGGACCGAGUCCAUGAGAAAAACAAACCAAUAGAUACAAUUUGCUUAUAAAUUUGAUUGUAAUUCAAAAGGUUAAAUCAUUUCUGUUCAAAAUAUUGUAAUUACUUAAUAGUAAACAAAAGGCAAUGUGAUAUCAAACCAGCCAUUUUGAUAGAACAUUUCCGAAAUCAAAUAAAAACAAACAAAACAUAAAAAUUGGUACUUUGGAAAAUUUAUUGAAAAA